UCAACCGAGACUCAUUGACUAGAUUUGAGUGUGACACACAUGCGCAUUUAGCUGAAGAUAGAGCUAGGGUAACGACAGUAUCUUGUCCACAGAUCAUUUUAAUCUGAAACGGUAUUACGGGAAAAACGGCUGCCGUUUGAACAGAUGCAAAGCAGAGAAAUUUAGAAGAUGCAUGGUGAUAGACAAGCAACUUGCGUAUUAUUUAAAACCAAUAGCUAAGUGUGCUGGAAGUAAACUUUAUUAACGCUACCUUCCUACUUUAGCCAAAGCAAACAUAAUUUGGUUAUUGUGUCGAUCCAUGUUUAGCUAAACUGAAUAACAGGUGUCCGUUGCGUUGUAGUUAGGUAGCACUAACUUGCCUACAAAAUGGACAUCGGCGCGGCUGUAUGUUGCUGUUUUACUGCCGCCCUGGGGAUGGUUCUGUUUGCUGUUUACAAACUUGGCUUGCUGUACCAGAUAUUUCACAAGGUGGAGAGGGAGAGCCCUCGGCAUGGAGGCGAGAGUGUGGCUGAGGUCCUUCGUGCACAUGGCAUCAGGUUCAUCUUCACGCUGGUCGGCGGACACAUCUCACCCGUUCUUGUGGCAUGUGAGAAACUGGGCAUCCGUGUUGUGGACACUCGGCACGAGGCCACGGCUGUGUUUGCUGCCGAUGCAGUUGCAAGACUCUCCGGCACAGUGGGUGUGGCUGCAGUAACCGCAGGACCGGGACUCACUAACACAAUUACAGCAGUGAAAAAUGCUCAGAUGGCAGAGUCACCUGUGCUUUUAAUUGGUGGAGCAGCCGCUACUCUUCUUCAGGGUCGAGGUGCUCUACAGGACAUUGACCAGAUGUCACUUUUCAAGCCUCUUUGCAAGUUCUGUACAUCUGUGAGGAGAGUGAGGGAGAUUGUUCCCACUGUAAGAAAAGCCCUGGCCAUCGCCCAGUCAGGCACACCAGGCCCUGUGUUUGUCGAGUUUCCCAUAGACACACUCUAUCCAUAUCAUCUGGUGGAGAAAGAAGUUUCUCCUAAAAACAUUCCCAAGGGAAUCAUGGGGAAAAUAACUGCAUGGUAUCUGAAGAACCACUUGACGAACCUGUUUGCUGGUGCAUGGGAACCAAGGGAGCUCUCCCCUCUCCCUGUCCUCAUCCCUCAAGCGUCUGACCAGGAGGUGCAACGGUGUGUGGAACUUGUAAGCAGAGCCAAGAAGCCAGUGAUCCUGUUGGGUAGCCAGGCAACACUACCUCCAGCACCUGUCCACGACAUCAGGAAAGCUUUGGAGUCUCUGGGCAUUCCUUGCUUUCUGGGUGGAAUGUCCCGAGGGAUGCUGGGUAGAGACAGCCCUCUUCAUAUCAGACAGAAUAGGGGGGACGCCCUGAAAGAAGCUGAUUUGGUGCUGCUGGCAGGCACAGUGUGUGACUUCAGACUGGGUUAUGGUAAGGUGCUUAGUAGACGGAGUCAGAUUAUUGCAGUGAACCGUGACAGAACUCAGCUACUGAAGAACUCUGACCUGUUCUGGAAGCCUACAGUGGCCAUUCAAGGCGACGUUGGAUCCUUUUUGCUGCGACUUUCUAAGGGCCUAACGGGACACAGAUGUCCUGAGGAAUGGCCACAAAGCCUCAAGGACAAGGACAGGACCAAAGAGACAGCUAAUAGAGCAAAGGCCAGUGAGAGGACCGAGCGGCACCUGAACCCACUGAGUGUCCUGUACAACGUGGACAAGCUCAUGGCAGAGGACAGCAUUAUUGUCACAGAUGGCGGAGACUUUGUAGGCACUGCUGCCUAUAUCAUGAGACCGCGAGGACCACUCAGCUGGCUAGACCCAGGGGCUUUUGGGACUCUUGGUGUGGGGGGUGGAUUUGCCCUUGGAGCUAAACUCUGCCGUCCCGACGCAGAGGUAUGGAUUGUUUAUGGUGAUGGUUCCCUAGGAUACAGUGUGGCAGAAUUUGAUACUUUCACGAGACACAAGACACCUGUGAUUGCACUAGUGGGAAAUGAUGCAUGCUGGAGUCAGAUCUCUAGAGAGCAAGUGCCCAUUCUGGGCAGCAGUGUGGCCUGUGUUCUUGCCUUUACAGACUAUCACAUUGUUGCUGAAGGCUAUGGAGGCAAAGGUCACCUGAUUGGGCGUGAAGAUGAGGUGCAGCUUGGUGACAUUGUAAAAGAGGCGCAGAGGGAGUGUAGAGAUGGAAAAUCUGUGCUGCUGAAUGUUCUCAUUGGGAAAAGCAACUUCAGGGAUGGCUCAAUCUCUGUGUAGAAACACCCAGUCCAGGGAUCUGCCAAAAGAGCCCCUAACCCUUCCCCAGUCUGGAGCCUAAAGGUGGCCUGCACACACAUAGUUGGCAGUACACCGUUUCUUAUUUGGCUGCUCAGACUUUGCUUUUGUAGUUCCUGUUUUUAUUUAGGAGAAUUGUAAUAUUUACAACUUUAAAAUCUGGUAACUUAAAGGGAAUUGUGAAUUUUAAAACAAAAAUAAUGGUAAUAUUAGAAGUGUCGCUGCAACUGGGAAUUGUUGAGAAAUGAUUUAAUGUCUGUUAAAAUACAGUAUGACAGUUAUAUGUAGAAGGUAGUGUGCUUCUAGAUACUGAAUGUAAAGCUCAUCUUGUUCACAACUCAGCAUUAAUCAAGUUUAAUUCCAGUUCUAUGAAUGACUACUCACUGUUAGACCUGCAUUAUCACAAUGCAGCACAUUACCAUAAAUUAUGAUGUGUUAACUUUAACACAAGUGCAGAUCUCCUAUCUAAAUACAGAUUAUAAUUCUUCCUUUACUCCCUUGUUUGAUUAAACAAUGAUAGAAACUGGAUGGAUGGACCCUUAAAUGUGAGCUAGGUUUUAUCAUAUAACAAUACUAAAUAAAGGUACUUGGUUAACUUCAAUAUAUCUUUACUGGACAACUAGUUUUAACAGGGAAUGUCAUUGAAAUGAUUUCCAAAGAUUUAUCCAUCUGCCCAAACCAUGUGAAACCCAAAACCUCGCUUCAGCUAUGCAGCUUGUGGGGAGAUUACAAUAAUGAGGAACUGCUUUGAUGCCUCAGAACCUGGACAUCUUGCAGGCACUGAAAGACCAACGCUCCAACUCAUCUCAGGAAAUUUGAUGGCAGAAAACAAGUGUCUGUGAUCUAAAAGAGACUUGAAAGGAUAAUCAUUUACACAGGAAUAAAUCAACAAGGUGGAUCAGACAAAAUAAAUGAGGAUUUUGUAAAGAACAAGUCAGAGUCCUGCUCUCUGUCCUGUUGAAAAUGUUUUGGUGUAAUCUGGACCGGCCAUCACAGCAAAAUGCAAGAUGUCUCACAUAAAAAUAAAAUAAAUGUCUGUGUGUUUGUC